AUGAACACUGCCUGGACAAUGAAGGCCUGUCAACCUUCACACAGAGGACAGGCAGUCAGGAACACCGCCAUCCUCUGCGACAGCGUGCUCGCUCCUCAAGAGCCACCCCCGUCUUUGCACAAGGUGAUAGUAGCGCCUGUGCGACCAUCAGACCCGGUUCAUUCCCGCAGCUUUCGCCCGGUUCCGAAGUCACCCGGGACGACCGCAGGCCUCCAGAGUGACAGGCUGCCCGUAGAGAUACAGCACGAGUCUCGGGGGCCGCGCCAACGGAGACCUAGGGGCACAGGCCGGGCAGGAAGCCAAGACGAGGCCCGGGACGCCCUUGGAGGCCGGGGAGCGGCGAGGGAGCGAGGUGGCGCACCUGACGCGCACCUGACGCUGAGGUUGCCACCCUGCUGGGCUGAGGCCUUCCGAGAAGCCGGUGUGUCUACCAGCAGCGCCGGCCCAGCUCUGACUUUAGCUAGCGAGUCUCAGAGAUGGACUUUGGGAAGGCAGUCGUCGCCUCAAAUCCCAGUCCUGCUCACGUUUUCUCUGGGUGCGACCCUGACACAUCGGGGCGCCUUCUUGAGAGGGCAAAGAAAUCCCCCCCCCCCACCCCGACUCGGGCUUGAUCCUGAUUCUCCGCCACCACGCUUCGCAAACCCUCGCGCAGAUUGCGUCUCUGUGCUUUCGUCCAAGCGCCGCCGCGCGCGGCCACCCCGCACCCCUCACCAUCUGUUUUUCGGUUUCUGGGGUGACUUCCCCCUCCUCCCGCAGAAUGAGCGACGUGACAUGAGAAGUCCCAAGAGAGCGAAUCUGAAACCUGCGCCUCCUGAAUUCAGAUUGCUGGGAGGCGAGAUGAGUUAGACUCUGUCCCCAGAUACAAGCAACACCACUUCCUUCAGAUAUAAAGACUUUCUUGGAUAUUAAAUUUGCAAAAUUUUAGGGCUAACACUGCGAUGCAGUGGGUUAACGCCCUGGCCUCAAGUGCUGGCAUCCCAUAUGGGCGCCGGUUCUAGUCCUGGCCGCUCCUCUUCUGAUCCAGCUCUCUGCUAUGGCCUGGGAAAGCAGUGGAAGAUGGCCCAAGUCCUUGGGCCCCUGCACCCACAUGGGAAACCUGGAGGAAGCUCCUGGCUCCUGGCUUUAGAUCGGCGCAGCUCCAGCCGUUGCGGCCAAGUGAGGAGUGAACCAUCGGAUGGAAGACCUCUCUCUCUUCCUCUCCUUCU